AUGCCGAGAUUUUCUUGGAGGCAAAAGCGCUUGGAUGAACAGGUUGCCAUCGUGACCGGCGCGAAUACAGGCAUCGGAAAGGCUAGUGCGUUAGAUCUUGCUGAAAGAGGUGCCAAGGUAAUUAUGGCAUGCAGGAACCUGGACAGAGGGAACGAGGCCGCCGAUGAUAUACGACAGACCGGGGUGGAAGCAAGCAAUGUGGUCGUUAUGAAGCUUGACUUAGUCGACUAUCAGUCUAUUAGGGAUUUCGUGAACGAAUUUAAUUCGAGUAAGCCAAACGCUUCUCCUAGUCCACUGGAACUUUCAUGGGCCUUGUUCAAGAAGCGUACGUUAACGCCAGAAGGAAAUGAGAUGACGUUCCAAGUUAACCAUUUAGUAUACGCUUCUUUGCUCCCCUUUCCAGGCAGUGGCGUCACUACAUACGCCCUUCAUCCUGGGGUCUUUAAAACGGAGCUGGUAAGGGACGUCAAAGACUCGUGUUUCUUCCGAUUUUUGUCUUGUUUGACUUCGGCGUUUACUAAGUCUGCUGCCAAUGGUGCUGCUACUACAAUAUACUGUGCAACAGCUGACGAUAUUCCUAGCGGGGAAUACUACAGCGAUUGCAAAAGAAAGAACCUCAAAAGCAUAGCAAGGAAUCCAUCAGCGGCAGCAGAACUGUGGAAAGUGAGUGAGAAACUAGUUGGCUUGUUACCAUCAGCAGAAGGCGAGGAUCAAAAUGAUCGUAAAACGUUGACUUUUCAGAAAGCUGACUGUGAUAUUAAAUGUACACUUGCGCUGAUUGGUCAAAAUGUCAUGAUCGAAAAAGUUCCGGAACUACUACAGGACUAAAUAGGCCUACAUCAUGCAUGUAGUGCAGUUUAGAAAUGGCGUGUUGUGAAUACAUGUUAACGAUAUACUAAUUAGUAGCAACGAUCGAAAUAAUGAGAGCAGAGAGAGAUCUUUUGACGAUG